CAAAAGCGGCAUACUUUGUUUGCUCGUGGCGGGACUCUGUGUACCCUGCUCCUCUUCGCGCGCUUUCAGCAUUUUUAGAUACCAAAGACAUCAUGAUGAGUUAUGAUAAUUUGCACGCACAGACUGUUACCCCACACUGCAGACGGGCUCCAGACUACUCCGCCUUGACUCGCAGCAGCAACGAACCACUGGCAUGUGGCAUGAUGUUGCACUGCUUAUUCCUGCUAAAAGGGCACAGCUGUAAUAGAGUGGGGCAGUCGGGAGUGCCAGGAGCGCCGGGGACUCAAGCCUGCGGACGAGCCACGCGCGUCCCUCCGCACUCUGCCACACUGCAAAACUGGCCACACAGAGGGCACACGAACGGGGAUGCCAGGAGCGCGACACGGCCUCGGCGCUUCGUGUGGCGAGGAGGCACAGACAAAUCGACCCAAGGGCCGUGGCCGCGUCCCACUCCUACGUUGCGGCGCGCGCAUAUGUAGGCAGCCAUGCUGCGGAGCUCGCCUGAACUUCAGCUGCAAAGGCUGGUGGUGGCGAGGCGCCAGGUGGCAGUAGCCAACGCCAAGGCUGUGGAGUUCCAGUUGAUGACUCCAAUUACAUGCGGCUCCAAUAAAGACCCAUAUAAUGAGGUGGAGCAUGUGCUGCUGCAAGUGCUGAGACAUCAUGACCCGGAGCUGAUUGAGAGCUGUGUGUGCGGCAAGCAAGCCGGUGGCGACCGACCUGAGAACAUCCACACGUUCGGCCCAUGCCCAGUGGCCUGCCUGUGGUGGGGCGAGCAAGUGGUGGCGGCGGCGGUUCUGCACCUCAACCGGCCGCCGCCCACUUCAGCAUCGUCCGGUGUCCGUGGUAGCCCCCACCUGCAGGUCAUCCUGCAAGGUACGGAAACGUGGUUCCAGAAGCGGUACAGGCUGGGGCGGCUGCUGGUGAGCUGCAUCAUGCAGACCGCCGUUGAGGCGGGCCACACGUACAUCACCGCCCUGGUGCCGGACGACGAACACGCCCUGUUUUGGGCGCGCGUGGGGUUCCGUCGCCAGCCGGUGGCCAACAUUGCCGAGCUGCCAGCGCUGCACGCCACCCUGGAGCAGAGCCGCAGGCAGCAGGGUCUGGUUAGCGGCGCCAGCGUCUGGUACGCGGAGUUGCCGGCGAAGGCCAUCGCAGAUGCACAGGUGUGUGAAAUUGCAAGAAGUCCGCAGCUGCAGAUGCUGGCAACGGCUCAGGAGUCGUACGACGCCCAGCCGCAGCACGAGCCGCAGGCGCCUGCAACGGCAGGGCAGGCGCCGCCGCAGCAGCAGCAGCAGCAGCAGCAGCAGCAGCAGCAGCAGCAGCAGCAGCAGUGGCCCGGCGGCCAGCCGCCGCGAGGCGCCAUCCAUGGUAUGGUGGGCGCGGUGGCUACUGGCGCCGUGAUUGCUGCUGGCGUUGAGCCUCUGCCGCAGCAGGCACUCCCGCGCGAGGCCAGCACUACUACUGAUCAGUCGCAGCAUGACAUGGAUGACCGGGCGCUCCAGCAGGCGGGCGCCGACCAGCCGGACCAACAGCAGGCUGCGUGCACGUCGGGCGCCGCGUUGCAGCAGCGGCACGAGGUGGUGGCGCAGCAGCAGCAGCAGCAGCAGCGGCGGCGGCACCAGGCAACCGCGUCAACAGGUGCUGCGGCUGCAAGUGGCGACCGCUCUGUCAGCGGGGCAGCAGGCGCCAGCAACAGCAGCGCCGAGAACUCCCAGCCGCUGCAGCGGCCAGGGGCAGCAGCAGGCACGCAGCCGGCCGUGGGCAUUACUGUCUUCCCACUGUCCAGCAGGGGCAACAGGGCCCCCUGUAACUUGUGGUGCGAAUACGCACGCAAAGCUUUCCCGGCACAGGCGGAGGCCCUUGAGAAGGCAGUUAAACUACAUGGCCGCCGGGGGUGCUGCCGUACGCAGCAGAUUACGCUGCACUACCGGGCCGGCGGCCUCCUAGACGGCGAGCUCCACGCGUACACCCAGGCUGAACUUGCGUAUGACGGUGGUACGUUCAGGAUAAACGGUCUAGGGGAGCUCAGGCAGCAGACCGCUGCCAUGCUCAAUGAGCUGGCAGUGCUGCCAAACGACGGCGGAGUCGUGAUACAGGCAACCGCAGCACCUGCAGCAGAGAAGCGGCAGCCGGCGGCUGAGCGGCCGCGCACGCGGCUUCAGCAGCAACGGCCCGGUGUGGGGCAUCAGCGGGCGCGGCAGCAGCUGCAGGCCGCGGAGGAAGCGGGCACUGACGACGGGGAUGCAGAGUCUGCUGACGAACAAAGCGGCGAUGAAGCCUCAGCACGGCAGGAGCCGGAGGAGAAUGCUAUCGUCCUCAGGCAGUGCUACGUCACUACGCAUCGCCACGCAAUAUACGUGCGGUGGCCGUUAGUACUCCUGCUGCUAGGGCCGGAUGCUGCGGUCGUUGGGGCGCCCGGCGUGCCGCUGUACGACAGCAGUACGGGGCAAGAGAUUUCUGGCGCCGCGCUGCAGACGAAGAGUAGCACCUCUCGCAAGCAACAUGGGGAUGCAACUGGUCUGGGCCGCUGGCUGGAUGAGCAUGACGCCGAAGAGAAUGACCAGCUCUUGUUCAGCACCGAGCCUGGCCCGCCAACAGCGGCAGCGGCUGAUGGCGCCGGCGGCAGCGCUACCACAGGCGCCCCUAGCAGGCCGCGCAUUUACGUCGCCCUGCGUCGGGCUCAGCGCCGCCGGCGGGGCCCGCAGGCUGGCAAUGGGGUCGCUGCGAGGGCUAUGCAGCACCGGGGCCGUGGGGCUGCAGCGGAGGCACACGACACACCAUCAGCCGACGACGUGGAGCCGGCGAGUGACACCGAUGAGGUUGUGGACAGUUCGGACGAAGAGGCAGACGAGGACGAGGUCGUGGAGGUUUCGGAGGAAGAGGCAGAGGAGGACGAGUGCUCCGGCUCAUGCGAGGUGCCCUACAAAGCAAGGAUUCACCAGUUUGCAACCGGGUACGUCGGACAGCUUUUUGGGCGCAAGGCAGCAGUCGGCGGCUUCAUCCCCGGCGGCAGUACCAAGCGCACCUCAGUUCCGCUGCGGGUGCCGUCGCGCCAGCGGCAUUUGGCGCCGGCCGCGAAGCUGACAACACGCGGCGCGCGUGACGGUCAGGCAACCGCAAGGUGGUACGUGAAAGGCGUGAGCAGGUGGCUUCAGGAGGUGGGCCCCGCGGACACCGUGUGCUUUCGGACGGUUUGGAAUACUGAGAAUGGGGCCAGCGGCCGUCUGGAGGGCAGCGGGCGGCGCGUGGUAGCUGUCGAGGUCGCUGUACCUGCGGCGGCAGCAGAGGGCUCCGCAAUACCCUCUGACGCUGAAGCACACAGCGCGCACGACGUCUCUAACGGGUAUGACAGCGCGCACGACGUCGGGUAUGACAGCGUGCACGACGUCGGGUAUGACAGCGAUAUGGCGGCCGCUGAGGCAGCGGAAGCAGGGGCGGCGGCGGCGGGGGCAGCUGAGGCAGCCAGACCAGAAGCGGCGGCCGCAGCAACGGCACGAUCUGCUGAGCUCGUCCUGACAGCGUCAGCAGCUGCCUAUGAGAGCGAGUGCAUUGAUUUGGCUUCCCCGCUAAUGGCCUCCUUGCUGGGCCCGGAGUUGACGGCGAAUGGCGGUGCCGUGCACCACCCGCUGCGUGACGCUGCUUCUGGCGAGCUCAUUGUUGACGCGCGGCUGACCAGAUGCCGUGGUGGCGCACCCACGCGCCGUUGGUCGAUCGCUGGUGCGGGCUUUGGCGCGUGGCUGCAUGCGCGCAAGGCCGUGAAGGAUGACCGCCUUGUGAUGGCCGUCAGCGACGAUGCGGCCGCCGCAGCAGGCAGCAGCGACCCCGCGUUCGGGCCUCCAGUCAACGUGGAGCUAAGACGCGGACCAGCAGCGCAGGACGUGCGUGUCGACCAGCGACAACGCAAGCGUGCCACGCGGCCAGCAGAGCAGCGGCAGGAGCCGUUGCAGCCGCUGCCGGCGCCCGUACUGCAGCAGACACCGACCCCGGUGGCUGCUGGCCAGGCCCACGCUGAAAAUGCGGCUGCUGCGACAGCGCCGGUCGCCGCAGCAGCAGCCGCUGGCACACCUGGCGCCGCUGCUGCUGCUGCGGUCGGGGCCCCCGGAGCCGCAGGGCCCUCUGCUGCCGCCGAGGAGCAGCACGACGUGGCAGCAAGUGGUGUCGGCGCCAGCGGCGGGCGUGCGGGUGAGCGUACUGCCGGCUCCCUCCCCAGGUCUGCACGCAUUCCCCUCCGCUCGGUGAUUCAGGGCGAGGGCCCCGCUGUGGGCAGACCCGCAGGCGGUGCAGCGGUCGGCGAUGCACCAGCGCAUGCACAGGCAGCUCCAGGCACGGUCGCCGCAUUGGGCGCGGCUGCCGCGGCCGCAGGCAGCAAGUGCGGCGCUUGGGAGGUGGAUACCUUGCCUGCAUUCAGCGGCCAGCAGCAGCAGCAGCAGCAGCCUGCGGCGACAGCUGCAGCCAUGGAGGUAGGCGCGAGCAGCGACCACGAAGAUGGCUUCGGGGCGGCAGAGCCGCCCCCAAACGCUGCGGCGGAUGCAGUCCCAAGAACUUGGGGCGAGGCAGGCGCAGCGGGAGCAGGUGUCGCUGCAGUUGGCGCACACAAUGACGCUCCCACAGCAACAAUCCCGCAAUUCAGCGAGGGGGGCCUACAGCACCUGCAAAAGCGCAGACGGCUGGGCCAUCCGCGGGGUCAGCCGCAGCAGCCGCACCCGCAGCAGUACCACCACCAGCCGCUGGCGCCUGCGCCGCACGUUGCGGCGUCUUUUCGGGUUGCAGAGCCUUCAAUGCCAGGGCCGGGCUUCCAACCCCCACGGCUGCAUGUUGCGGAUUGUGAUGAAGGCGCGAGGGGGUAUGCAGUUACGGGCGCGGCCGCAGCAGGCGGUGGAGGCGCGUGUGCUGCUGUCGCAGGCGAGCCCAACACAAGUGUGGGGCAGGCCGCGCAAGCGGAUAUCCCGCAGCAGCAGCAGCAGCAGCAGCAGCCGACAAUCAUUGCUGAAAUGCCUCUGCAGCGCGUCUGGCGCCCAGUUGACACGUAUGAGCCGCCGCCAGCAGCAGCAGCCGGAGAGGAGCAUCUGCCGUGGCAGGCUGUUGCUAGGGCGGAUGCUACCGGGGCCGAGGCGCUUGUAACUGCCAGCGCGGCAGCAGCGACGUCAGCAGCAGCAAUUCAGCCCUUCGCCGCAGCAGCACAAGCCACGGCACCACCAGCUGAUGGCCACCCUUUUGGCGCGCUGGCAGGAGAGCCCGACGGCGAUGAGUCCGCAGCAGCUCCUGACGCAGACAUGGAGCCUGAUGCUGCCACAGCGGCCGCGGCUGCUGCGGCCCUGCCCAUCGCCACGCAUCAUGCCACGACGACGGAAGUGGAGGCUAUUUGGGUGCCUGCACCUGCACCGAGUUCGGCGCCGGGAUUUCCAGCGCCCGCCGCGGCGCCCGCCGCGGCGCCAGCAGCGGCGCCAGGAGCGGCGCCAGCAGCGGCGCCAGCAGCGGCGCCAGGAGCGGCGCCAGCAGCGGCGCCGGCAGAUGCAACAACAGCGGCGCCAGCAGCGGCGCCAGCAGCGGCGCCGGCAGAUGCAACAACAGCAGACGCAACGCCGGCAACACAAGCAGCCACUGCUGCGGCUGCAGCAUCGGUACCACCACCAUCACCAGCCGCUGCAAGCGCCAGAGCGCCGGGCGACGACGCACCAGUGACGCAGCUGUCGCAGGCGCUGGCGGUGCAUUACACCGAUGUCAUCAAGUUGCUGCAGGCGGUUGCCAUUGGGGAGCUCUAUGGCAGCCAUUGGGGAGCUCUAUGGCAGCCAUUGGGGAGCUCUAUGGCAGCCAUUGGGGAGCUCUAUGGCAGCCAUUGGGGAGCUCUAUGGCAGUCAUUGGGGAGCUCUAUGGCAGCCAUUGGGGAGCUCUAUGGCAGCCAUUGGGGAGCUCUAUGGCAGCCAUUGGGGAGCUCUAUGGCAGCCAUUGGGGAGCUCUAUGGCAGCCAUUGGGGAGCUCGACGGACGACCGGCAGCCAGCGCCACCACGCCCACCGGGCAGUGCUGCCUCUGGAGGUGCUACAGCGGUUCUGCGGCGCCCGCAAGGGCUGGACCAUCACGAUGGACACUGAGCGCGUGGAGGUAGACAAUGGCGUGGCCGGUGCCGUGGGCGAGGCCGCGGCGGCACCUGCACCACCGGCCGCUUACAUGACGACAAUGCAGGUGCAGUCCGAAGACGUGAGCGCGACGGCCACUGGCAAGGUGGCGGCGGACAAGGAGACGGCCCGGCAGCUGGCGGCGGCGGCCUGCCUGCAGUUACUGCGCGUCCGGCCGGAGGACCUUGGGCCGCAGCCGACACCGCAGCAGCCGCAGCAGCGAUCAUCAUCACCGCUAGAGAUGCCAGCAGCAACGGCAUCAACGCCGCCGCACCAGCAGGAGCAGUCGCCAACCGGCGGUAGGGCUGCGGCUGCGGCCAUCCCAGGCUCAGCCCACGGCAGCGCCGCGGCGGCGGCACCACAGAACGGGCCCCGCCUGCCGGACACGGCACCGCCACCAGCAGAACCACUUGCUUGCCCGCUUCUGGCGCGCAUGCCGCCGGCAGGGACACAGAACCCGCAGCAGGGGCAGCGCGGCGCGACGCCGCAGGCGGCCGCAGCGGACACGGCUCCAGUCGCUGAGCGACAGCAGGGCGCAGCAGGCGCUGCCCAGGCUGAUGGCGCCGGUGGCAGUGGCGGCGCGGCGGCGGCGACGGCGGCGCCUGCUGCAGGAUCUCCACAACAGCCUCCUCAGCACCAUCAGCAGCACAACCCGCCUCAAGCCUACCAGCACGGCUACACACAGCCACCGCCUCCCAACCAGCCGCAGCCUCCGCCGCCGCAGCACGACCCGCGCUUUGCCAACCAGCACAACUAUCCACUGCCACCGAACGUGUGGUCCUACCCGCCGCCGUGCGGCACCUACUUUAUGCCGCCUCCGCCGCAGUACCCAGGCCCAGCGCCGGCAUCGUUGGCACAUAUGCCUGCUGGCGCGCCUAGUGCUGGCGCCCCAAGCGGUGGUGACGCAGGUUGCGCAGCGCGAGCGGCCGCGCCACCGAUGCCCAUGCCGCCGCAUCCCAGCGCUUACCCUGCGGGCUACUACUGGGCGCCGCCGCCCCAUUCCAUGGCAACGCCAGGCUAUGGCGGACCCUACGCGGGCUAUCCGCAAGCCCCGCCCGGAGCCUGGGGGGCGCCGCCGCCGCCGCCGCCGCCAGCCAGCGGCGCGCAGUGGCCGCAGGGGCCAUGGGCGCCCUACCCGCCGGCGCCAGCACCACCGUCGGCGCAGUAAUACGGUAGCUUUCUGAAGUAGGUCGUCUCUGUAUGUUGAGCGAGGGCUGCGGCCGCUGGCCCAGCAGGAAUUGUGACAUGAACGGGGCAGUUGCUGGGAAGGCAUGCAAUGUUUAUGUUGCGGAGUGUGCUUAGUCUUACUAUUGGCGUGUCCCGUGCAAGUUGCGGCUUGUCAGGACACUUGCAGGCCGCAGUUUGGGUUGUGUGAGUGCUGUUGACUGGUAGGCUGCGGCAGCCGCGUAGUCAAGCCGGUGUCAGAGGUACGGUAGACGCACACAGAUGUAACAUGAUGGUUGCAUGAGGCGUCGUGGGAAUACACGACAGCUUGCAGUGUAUACCGUGCAUGUGGCACUCGCAGACUUGUUACAUGGUGGUACAGACGAGCUAUCGCUGCAUAUAACUCUGAGGCAUCGCAUAUCAUCAGCAACCCACAAAACAACAGCGCCAAACAUCAUUAUCC